AAAUCUCAUUUUGCCAGUCCCAUCGUCCCUCUCCGUAACACACGCACACAGCCCCAAAAUGCUGCGACAUGGUUCACGAUCCCUCUUCAACAGAGCCUCCGCCACAUCCAUGAGGUGGCGCCGCCAGUUUUCUACGGAUCUCCCUGCGGAGACCGCCGAAGACACCAAGUUUGUGGAGUCCUGGAAGAAAAUGAACCCCAAUAUGGACCCACCCAAGACCCCAUCGGCGUACAUGAAGCCUCGACCACCCACCCCUGCCAACAUUCCGUCCAAGCUCACUGUCAAUUUGGUGCUUCCUUAUGAUUCUGUUUUAUCCUCCAAAGAGGUUGAUAUGGUCAUAGUCCCGGCAACUACGGGACAAAUGGGUGUUUUACCUGGUCAUGUAGCUACAAUUGCCGAGCUAAAACCUGGGAUUCUGUCUGUUCAUGAAGGCAACGAUGUGACUAAGUGUUUCCUUAGCAGUGGUUUUGCUUUUGUCCACGCAAACUCUGUUGCAGAUAUAAUUGCUAUUGAGGCCACACCGGUAGACCGCCUGGACCCAAAUUUAGUUCAGAAAGGCCUCGCAGACUUUCAACAAAAGCUGAACACUGCAUCAACAGACGCGGAGAAAGCUGAAGCACAAAUCGGCAUAGAUGUACACAGUGCUCUCAAUGCUGCUCUUACUGGUUGAAAUGGUGUUUUAGUUGGAUCCUUUUGUAUGUGUACGCCCUUCGCAGAAGGUGGUUUCGAGCUGCUCUUCAAACCAGUCAAUCUCGUAAGGAAUCCUGCCAUGAAAAGACUUGUUGAAUAAAUAGCGCUGUCGUUCGGCUUUUGUUCUUUUUAUUAACUUCUUGCUAGGAUGAUGAUAAUAACCAUGAUAUAUGUUUGGAGAGAGAUUAAAUGUGUAGUCAGUCCGCAGCUAGAGGUGAUUGAUUUGAGAAUGGUUCAUGAUGAUGACGAUUGAUGCUUGUACUAAUUUCGACUUCCAAGCUCGUAUUUUGCUAAUGUACCCAAUAUUUAUGUGAAA